GAACAAAACCCCCCAAAAUCACUUUAAAAAGAAUGGCAUGGACGUAAUUAACCAGGAUAAUCAAUACUCGCCCAACGGAAAGCACGAUAGCAAAAGACGUUAACAACCCUGCACAUUGUAGGUGAAAUGACCACAACACCACUAAUCCAUUACGUGGCGCGCCGUCAGCGAGUGUGCCGCUAGAUCGCUCACGACGCUCAGAAAGAGCCGCUUUAUUCCAUCCUUCACUUAUCUUCAGUGACUGGAGGGUAGAGCAGAGUGUACAAUCUUCUCUUCAAUCUCACUGUGAAGCAUGGGGAGACUAAUGCUCUUGGUAGCGCUCUGUGUGCUCCCGGCGCUAGUUAGCGCGGGCCGCCCGGUUUCGCAGCCGUUCGUGCUACAAGGUCGGGUCUACUGCGACACCUGCCGUGCCGGUUUCGAGACCUCCGCCACCACCUACAUUGCCGGUGCCAAGGUCAGAGUGGAAUGCAAGGACAGGAACUCAAUGCAACUACUAUACAGCAUUGAGGGGAUAACAGACUCAACAGGAACUUACAAGAUCAUGGUCACAGAAGACCGUGAGGAUCAGCUUUGUGAUGCUGUGCUUGUUAGCAGCCCCCAGAGUGAUUGUGCAUCAGUUGACCCAGGACGUGACCGUGCUGCUGUGAUCCUCACCCGUUACAAUGGGAUUGUGUCAGACAACCGCUACGCCAAUUCAAUGGGCUUCUUGAAGGAUCACCCAAUGUCUGAGUGCACCCAACUUCUCCAGCAAUACCAGGAAUUUGAAGAUUAGAGUAUGUUUUUUAGUUCUUGUUGUGGGUCUGAUCGAUUAGGCUUGCCGGACCAUUUCUUUUACCUGUCAUAGAUAUAUGUAUGGUUUUAUCAAGUUAUCUUGUGUUUGGAUGACUCUGGUGGUGUUCCUUUGCUGAAGGACCCCGUUAAAAUUAUAUUACUUGCUGUCACUUUUGGCACUA